AUGUGUCAAGAUCGUCUUGUUGCUGAUCACGAUGUUUCAGCGAUGGCCUCCAAACGAGAGAAGGAGAAGGGGAACGAAUGUUUUCGGUGCGGAGAAAUCAAUGCUGCCAUCGGGUUCUACUCCAAGUCCUUGGAGCUCUGCCCUGAUGACCACCUCGUGCUCGGAAAUCGUGCUCAAGCUUACAUUGCAUCCAACUGCUUUUAUCAGGCUGAGUUGGACUGUGACAAGGCGCUGUCGAUCGAGCCGAGUUACCACAAGGCGCGUUACAGGCGAGCGGUAGCGCUGGAGAAGCAGGGCAAGUAUGAGGCUGCAAUGGACGAUAUUCGAGCUCUGCUGGAGCAGGAGCCGGAGAAUCAGGCUGCAAAAGUUUUGAUGAGAGAUUGUGAGUACCGACUCAAGGACAAGAGGGAGCGA